AUGAAGGGCAUUGCUGAUACCAUUGCUUGUUUGCAAAGGGAAGGUCGGUUGCUUCAAGGAGAGCACAAUCUUAUAGGCGAAGCUUUUCUUGUUAUGGCUUCUUCUGCUGGGAUUCAACAGCAGCAAGAAGUUUUAAAGUGGCUACUAGAACCUUUGAGCCAGAAGUGGACACAACUGGAGUGGCAGGAUAGAUAUUUAUCUAGUCCACAUGGUUUGGUUCAGUUGUGCUCAGAAGCACCAGUAAUGUGGUCAAUUUUUCACACAGUUACAUUCUUUGAGAGGGCGUUUAAGAGGAGUGGAAUGAAGAAAGCUCAAGGGAAUUUAGAAAACAGCUCAACGUCAGACUCAACCCCUUUGAAUCCAAUGGCCUUUCAUGUAUCAUGGAUGCUAAAUCCUCUCUUGAAACUACUUCGGGGCUUACAUUCUCUUUGGUCUCCAUCUAUAAGUCAAGCUUUACCUGGAGAGAUCAAAUCUGCUAUGGUCAUGAGUGAUGUUGAGAGGUUCAGUCUUCUUGGAGAAGAGAACCCUAAAUUGCAAAAGAACCCUAAGGAUGUAUACGGUGAACCAAAUGAAUCAGAUAUACGAAAUUGGUUUAAAGGCAUCAGAGACAGUGGAUAUAAUGUAUUGGGCUUGUCAACAACCAUUGGAGAUUCGUUUUUCAAAAAUUUGGAUGUACACUCCGUUGUUGUUGCCUUGAUGGAGAAUAUACAGUCAAUGGAGUUCAGACAUUUGAGGCAGCUUGUUCAUUCCAUUUUGAUUCCUUUGGUUAAACACUGUCCUGUGGAUAUGAGGGAGAUUUGGCUGGAAAAACUUCUGCAUCCAUUAUUUGUUCAUGCUCAGCAAGCUCUUAGCCAUUCCUGGUCUAGUCUUCUGCAAGAUGGUAGAGCAAAGGUUCCUGAUAUUCAUGGCAUUCUUAGUGGAUCAGACCUGAAAGUAGAAGUGAUGGAGGAAACACUUUUGAGGGAUCUCACCCCUGAAAUGUGUUCACUCCUCUCCUUGAUUGCUUCUCCUCCCCUAAAUACUGGAAUCCCUUCUUUGGAACAGUCUGGGCAUAUUAUUCGUUUCGACAUGUCUUCUGUGAAAAGCUUGGAUGCAGUUGCAUCAUGCUCUUUGGUUGGUUUCCUUCUAAAGCAUGAAGCUCUUGCCCUUCCGAUAUUAAGAAUGUGUUUAGAAGUUUUUACAUGGACGGAUGGUGAAGCUGUGACAAAGAUUUCUUCUUUUUGCUCUGCGACGGUAGUUCUUUCAAUUGUAACAAACCAUACUGAACUCAUUGAAUUUGUUUCUAGAGAUCUUUUUACAUCUGUUAUUCAAAGUCUAUCCCUAGAAUCAAAUGCGAUAGUCAGUUCUGAUCUGAUUGCCAUUUGCCGAGAGAUGUUUGUUUAUCUCUGUGAUAGACACCCAGCCCCCAGGCAGGUUUUGCAGUCUCUCCCCUUUAUUACUCCUCGUGAUUUACAUGCCUUUGAGGAAUCUUUAACAAAAACGUCGAGUCCAAAGGAGCAAAAGCAGCACAUGAAAAGCUUGCUUCUGAUGGCAACUGGUAACAAAUUAAAAGCACUCGCAGCACAGAAAAGUGUAAACAUCAUUACAAAUGUUUCAAUGAGACAACGCAGCCCAACCAAUGCUCCCGAGUCCAAUAAUGUUAAUGAUGGGGAUGUUGUCGGUUUGGCAGCCAUUAUCUGA